AUGUUUUCCCUUCGAAACAACGAAACUUUCCGUCCCGCCCUGCAAUACCUCCUCAGUGCUGGAAAACCUCGCGCAAACCACUACACGCACCAGAAGAGCAGCUCUUCAGGGAGCAUUGACUCGGACAGCGACGCUCCCCGCGCGAGAAUGAAUCCCAAGAACUCGACAGGAUUCCGAUCUACCUCGAUCCCCCUAAUAAGCAUCUCCCGCUCGCCAUCCCCCUAUGCGCGAUCACCCUCGAAUCCAGCCUCAGAUACAGACGACGAUGAUUGGGGCGAUGGACGCUCCUCAUCACGGCGCCCCUUCCUGCCCUCGGACGGCUACAAACUCACUGGCUGGCGAGCCUUGCUAUACGGCGGUGGAUUUGGACAAUGGCUGUUCACAACACAGUCAGGAUGGGCAAUCUACAUUGGCGUGCUGGUGUUCUGGCUGGGAGGCUGUCAGAUUGGCUUGACCAUCAUGAAUAGAAUAAUCCUCUGGAGUGGGUACCUCCAAGAUAACUACACAUCGCACACGAAGCUGAUGGUUUUAAUAGCGGGGGUUUACAAGUUUCCAUAUCCUUUAACAACGACACUGAUCGAGAUGCUAUUGACACACUGCUGGAUCCUACUCUCCGCGUAUAUCACCAGAUGGGUUAGCCCGUGGCUUACUAGUGCCGGUGUUUCAUCCAUGAUUUCGCCCUCGAAACCUCUACCGACCUCUUCUCCAGGCUUUCGAGGUCAGCAGAAGAAUUUGGGGUUCAUUGGGUCGAUCGCAAGGUGGACGUCUGGCUUCUCGGGGGGUAUUGCUGGUGGGGGACUUUUCGAAUUUGAAUGGCCCGUGGUCAAGCAGUGCUUACCAGUAGCCAUCAUAUUCGUUGCUAAAGUUUCCCUCUCGAACCUCUCCUUCGCCUAUGCCCAACUCACCAUCUACACACUCGCCCGCGUGGGAAUAGUCCCCCUCUCCCUGCUCUUCACAGCCUUCCUAACAGGCGCAUCCCACAGCGUCUCCACGCUCUCCUCAACUCUCACGGCCACUCUCACACUACUAGUAGCAACAAUGCAGACUAAUGUCCGAGUAACAUGGCAAAGCAUAGUCGCCGGCGUUUUCUCUUCCAUCUUCGUCGCUCUAUACCCAGUCCAACUCCAUCGCACGUACAAAUCCCUCGUCGCCUCCCUCGUCCCCCAAGGCGAGUUAAUCGGCACCUUCCCCUCCUCUUCUGCCCCAGCCGAUUACUCCGGGUCCCGUGAGGAAGCGCGCGCCUACUGGCGUCUCCUGCACUACACAUCUACGCUUUCCAUCCUAAUCUUGACCCCCAUCGUCUUUCUCUCGGGCGAGAUCUCAAAUAUAAGCCGGAACUGCUACUUCCUGGACGUCUUCUUCCAUUGGUUAAUGGUGUUUUGCGGGGGUUUGGGGAGCUGGGCUGUCUUCUUCAGCACAAUCGCUUUGACGAGAGCCACAAGUCCGUUGACGAGCACGUUUUUGUUUAUCCCGAGGGCGGCGUUCCUGCUUCCUAUUAUGGCCGGUUUUAAGAUGCCUAGUUAUGCCUGGAUUGGGAUCGGGAUGUGUUGGGCUAGUUGUGCGUGGUUUUUACUGGGGAGGAGGAGAGGGGGGAGACCGCUGGAACGGUUACGGUGA